CUGACAUGGCUGUCAUUGGCAUUAUGGGCAGUCCGAUAUGAACAUCGCUGCGAUGUUUUACGGGUACAAUGAGGACUAUUGUAGAGCUCUAUACCCUCUAUUGACGCCACGAUACGAUACUACUUGGGCCAAACUCUACCCUCGACUCGUAUCGACAUGCAUCACCGCACUACCCCUUUUGUGCCGAUUCACAGACUAUACGGAACCCUCAGUGACCAUUUCAGAUGAUUCAGCAAUCUGUAAAGACUACGUACAUAUUCCUAUGGACGUCUUGGCUGGAUCCUAUCACGUUGCAUCUAAUCCGCUGAUCGCUGUCCUCAUCCGGAUGAGGGUACUCUUCAAUUCUAUUCGCUCUCUCAACCUUCAAGAUCAAUCGCUACGAUUGGCACAGACGCUGCUCGGUUACUGGUCAGAGGAGGAGGAUGUCGAAAUUGAGGAGGACGAGGACUAUCCCACAGUCCCCUGUAUCUAUUGGGAUACCACAGACGGACUCCAUCGUGCCGCUUUUGCACUGGCGUUAUAUCACAACUUUGUCCGGUCAUUUGUCUAUCCGGGAAGCCUGCCCUCUUCUCUGGAGCAGGUGGCUUGGAGUAUCAUGAAGCGGACUCAGCGACUCCGAAAAACACUGAAGGACCAAGGAUGGUCUCAUGGUUCGGUGCAUGAUAUGGACAAUGUGGUUAAAUUACAGUCAGGUGUGAGGAUCCCGGGAGAUUGGUUCGAAUGCAAGGAUCAGGGUGGAGGCACCAAGCCAUACCAGGCAAGUAGCUUUGCAGUCGCAUCAUCAGUAGCUUACCGGUGUCCCUCAGAUCCUGGCAAAUAUCUGCGUCUUCCCAUCCAUUCCCCUCACCAUCAAAGAGAUUCUGGCUCAGAUCGACAAUUCGUUGCAUAAGGAGACCAUGCCGUCAACCUCGGUUCCGUCUGGACCGAGCGAGUCUACCCCUGACAUCUCUGUAAGCAUUCCGGGUCUACCUAAUGACUCGGUCGUGAUCUUCUGUCCGCCGACUGAAGACGACCCCUCCAUUGGUGUCUACCGCAUGCUGUUCCAUCUGGGACAAUCCCUUGAGCGACACAUCUCCGAGAAUGA